CUGUGUACAAAGACUGGCAAGUAGGCAUGAGUGUGUACAUAUGAAAAUGUAUGUAUGAUUGUGUAUAUAACAACAUUCUCGGCCACAUGUGAUGAAUAACUACGUUAGACUGGAUCCAGUGACAGAUGAGACACUUCGCCUUCUGUUUUUCUUUCUUUCCUUUUCUCCUCUCCCCUCUCGAUGACUUUAUCUCUUUCUCUCUCUCUCCCUCUCUGGAUAAUACCCGUUUCUUCCAAUAUCUUUCCAGUCAACACUCCAACUACACUCUACCCGAUACCCUUAUUCUACCCUACUGCAUUGGUGACGCCGCCUCUCGGUUUUCCAUGGCCAUCGAGCCCACUACUACCACAAUGACGACCCACAACCACCACCACCAUCACCACCGCCGCCACCACCACUUUUAUCAUCACAGUCGAUGCUAGCUACCUUUACCGCUGCCACCACCAUAAAACAUUGCUGCCACCCUUUAUGUGCCUAACAGGAUUUUUCGUUCGUUUAUUCAUUUACUUAUUCAUUGAUUCUUUUAAUUUCGUUUCGUUUUCUAAUCUAUUUAGUUAACUAGUUUGCUUCUAAUAUAUAUAUAUAUAAUCAACCCGCUUACCACGAGAAAGCAAAACAAAAACAAUUCUUUCGUUACUGUUUUAAGGAUUUUUGACGGAGAAAAUGAAAUGAAAAGCUGUAAUUUGCAAUUUUAAUGAAUUCUAGAAGCCAAUGGAUGAAAUAUCCGGACACAGCAUUGUCUCCCCCUAGUUUCACAGCAACACAUCUUUUUAAAAGCAUCCUUUGGUUUGGCAUGAACAUGACAAAAUAACCUGGCUGUGAUCCUGGGACUUGCUCAUGAAUAAAUGGCAAGGUUUGACCACAGCAAGAAGAUGGCUCCUCCAGAUAUUGAGCCAAUAGACACAGUGUAAAGCUGUUCAGUCUGCAUUUCAAUGGCACCUACAGCAUUAAAUUUGACAAAAUCACACAUAGAACAACUAUAGACAUUAAUAUCAAUGCGUUAAAUUGAAGUGCAAUCUGGUUUGUGGUUCAGUAGUGUAACAACUCUGGUAAAGCAUCAUCAUUCUUGAGAUUGUCUCAAGCUGUUUUCAGACCAAUCAUUGCCCACUGUCCUUCCUACAGCUAAAUACUUUCAGUUCAUGCCAAGAUUGCAUGGACCAGUUUGGUGCUUGUUAUUUUUUCUGACAUGUUUUAUUUACUGCACACAAAAACGUAGAUAUAUCCCAAUGUCAAUAAAUACUGACAUAUAUAUUUUAUAAGCGGGUAUAUGUAUAAGCAUACACAUGUAUACAUAUAUGUGUGUGUUUGUGUGUGUGGGUGUGAGUGUGUUUGUAUAGCUGUCUGAAUGUGUGUUUAUAUAGUUAUGUGUAUAUCAAGAUAGUAACAUAAAGAGAUUAAUAGUUAUUUUAAACCAAACAAGAAUUUGUUUAUAGAAAGCUGAUACCAAGAAAACAAUUGAACUCAAACUUGCACAUGGUUCUGAUUUACAAAAUUACUGGAAUAGAGUUAUUAGUUUACAGUAUUUUUUAAAAGUUUAUAUUAGAUGUUUGCAGAUAAAAAGAAAACGGAAGAACAUUAAACAAUCUUUCUGAUAACCAUUUACAAUUUAAAGGGAUUUUUUUUUUUUUAUGAAGAACCCAAAAUAAUGAUAUUUAUUUGUUUUUUUGUCUGCUGAAUGUGAAAAAAAAAAAGUUUCUUUGGUGAUAUUUUUGUAUUAAUUAAUCUUUUAGUUAUUAUUUUUUUCUUUGGUGUGUUUUAUGCUGAAAUUUUUUCAUAUGCAUUAAUCUUUUUUUUAUUAUAAAUGUCCCAUAAAAAUUUCCUGGACAAAAAUAUGAAGAAGCUCUGUCUGAAAAUUUUACUGGCAUUUGUAUAAAGUAUCUUUAUUUUUGUAGGAACUGAUAGAUAGAUGGAUAGACAGCUAGAAAGCAAGUAUGAGAGAAAGAGUGCAUAUUCCUUCCAACUAAAAUAACUCAGUCUGCUUCUUUUCUUUUUCUCUCUCUCCCUCUUUUCAAAACAAACCAAAGAAAUCUAAUUUUUAUCUAAGUCCUAAAUGAAUGACUUUCAAGUUGUGUUUUUAAGUUCGUUUAUACAAUUUCAGUUUAACUGAUGACAAUGAAGAGAGUAUGUUGUUCCUUAGAAAAAUGAACAUAGGAAUAAUAGAAAAGAAAAAAAAAGUAAAUGAAAAAUAACAAAAGACAUGUUCUGUCAUUAGUAUUCUCUGUUAUUACCCAUGAUGCACCAUUUUACUUCAAGUGGUAGCCGUCUUACUGGUCUGGGUUACACACUAUAAACCUGAUUUUGUUAAAGAGGUUGAGCUGAUACAAACAAUUUCAGUUGCAUUUUUAAAGAGUAGUUUACUGUAUUAUUUGUGUCUUGAAGUAAUUGGUAACACUUUCAAGUCAUAAUCGUUGUAGAGGCAGUGGUUGUUGUGGUUGUUGUCAUUGUUAUUGUGAUUGUCAUGGUCGUUGUUGUUUGAAACUAAAAAAAAAGAUAAUCAUUUUUUAAUUAAUUCAAUAAUUAAGAAAUAUAUAUAAAAGGUGUAAACAUAUUUACAUCCAAAAAAUAUAUUAGUUUCUGUGAGUGAACAGUUGACCCCAUGUUUCCAAUGCAGCCAAUGUACAGUGGUGGCAUGGGUCACCAUCACCACCACCACCAUCACCAUCACCACCACCAUCAUCACGGUAACCAGGGCGACAACAGUGCACCAAACAACAGCAACAGCCAACAGGCACAGCCACUGCCUCCUCCCCAACAGCCACAGCCACCCCCACAGCCACACCAAUUCAGCUGUGACGUCUGUGGGGACAAUUUCCAGACGUUCGACCAACUCAAGGCACACAAACGAGACCAUUUUGAAAGUAAAAACUUCAAGUGUGAUAUUUGUGGUGAAAACUUCCCGCUUUAUGAUCAGCUGAAGGCACACAAAAAGUCUGCUCACACUGAAUCAAAAUCAUAUCCUUGCGAUACUUGUAAAAAAAUCUUUAAUCAUAUCUCAACACUCCGUAAUCACAUGCGGACACACACAGGUGAGAAACCAUUCCAGUGUGAAAUCUGCCAGAAAUGUUUUAGUCAAAGAGGAAACCUGAAAAUUCACAGGCGUCGCCAUACUGGUGAGAAACCGUUCCAGUGUGAUAUCUGCUGGAAGUCGUUCAGCCAAAAGGGGAAUUUGAAGACACAUGUGCGUAACCAUGCCCACAAGAAAAGCUUCUGCUGCGAUCUCUGUGGCAAAGUUUUCAUGCAUCGAUCGAUACUAAAAUGCCAUGAGAAGGCUCAUCAAGUGCAGCGGCUGUCAUCACUCAAUCCAAAUGCUGGUGCAACAUCACCAACAUCACCACCUUCGUCUUCAUCUUCAUCAUCUUCUGCCCGAACGGGAGGAGUCAACAAUACCGGUAAUGCUGGCAACAGUGAAAAGGGUGUUGGCUACUAUUCUAAUACAUCACCUUUUGGUGGAGACCAACACAACCAUGGCCCACCAAGCUCACAUGGACACCAUGGGGCCAGUGGGAAUGCAGGAAGUGGGGCAAGGUCAGGACAAAGGCCAAACCCACAAACACAGCUUCAUCCAAACCCAAAUUCAACCGAACCCAAUAAUCCGAAUUCUUCAGUAUUUGUUUAAAUUUCAGGCUCCCUCCUCUUUUUAGCCCAACCCACCUGCCCCUUCCUUGUUGCCAUGCUACUAUUGCAGGGGUCUGUUAUUCCAUUCUACCAUACCCCCCUCCAUACACACACACAUACACAGUCACCAUACUUCUUCAUAAUAGAAAAAACUUUAACAAGCGAGCAAGUUUAGACAAGGUGGACUGAUGGCUGUAAGGAAUAUGUAGAGAUUGUCCCCUAAAAUUCUAGUGGAUAUCUCUAUCUUCUGUGUUCUAACUAUCUUUGCACAUUGUCAUAAAAAUACCAUUAUUGCACUCCAAUGCCAUUGUAGCAUUGCCAAUGUUAGUGGAACUAUUUGCAAUCUUACCCUUUGUAGUAUUCAUGGCAAGGGGUAUGUACAAAUAAUGUCACUGUAGAAAAAUGUCACUGUGAAACAUACAAAAUCUUAAUCAUUUUAUAUUUGUGGUAUUUUUUUUUUUUUUAUUUACUUAUUUAUUUUAUUUAUCUUUUCAUUUUCUACAUCCUGACAAGUCACUCCAUUGCAGCAUGUGUUUCUGGAGCUCUUUCCACUUCUCCCUCUAUCAAUGAAGGUGUACUGCAAGGCUUUUUUGUUCUCUUCAGUCUUCUUUCUCCUUUACAUCAAUGACUCUCAUGAGGUCACUUCCAACUAUAUACAAUCUUAAGCCAAUGGCAGUGCAUAACAAUCCUCUUUCCUUUUCAUACCCAAGUCUGUAUCCACAUGCAACAUCAACACAUCCCACCAUGCUUAAUAUAUCUUCCACGAAUGAAGACUGCCAAAACAUUUUACUGUGGGAUGCCACCAAAUUCAUUCAACACAUCAUAACACACACAGUAAAGCACAAAAAAAAACAGCAACUGCUCCCCACCUCCACCGUUCAUGAGCCAUGACACUUUUCUCAACACCAGAUUAAAAUGUUUAAAAAUCAUUACAAUCUUUACAGCUAAAUAACUAUCACAAUCAUUACAAUAUACAGCUAAAUAAUCAUUGUGACCAUUACAAGAGAGAGAAAA